CAGGAGAACAAGACUGCAUCCUCUAAUUUUCGGCAAAGCCUACAGAGGCCUCGAAAAUAUGGCAUCAGGGCUGCGACAUUGCGCUCGCCAAUAUUUGGGUGUUCACGCUGUUCCACGGUUGAUAUCAAUAUCUUGGCGGCGCUCUGAUUCCAACCCACUCCCCGUCAGGAGCAAUGUGGACAAUCCUUUGUUUGGGAACCGUGGAAGCAAUUUCGAUCACGAGCGGGGAACGUUCGCCUCACUUUAUGGAAACCACGCAUGGGUUUGAGGAGUGUUCAUUCCUAAUUAGUACUUUGCGCUCGAAACAUCUCAGAACUAUUGAUGCACUCUACUGGCUUUCAAAUAUGGCACGGAAAACCCCAUUGCAUUUCUGGCUGUUGCAAUGCCUCGUCAUAGAAAUCGGUACACUCGUUUGCUGCUGCAUGAAGAACUUCAUAAUAUUUUCCACAUUCCGAAUAAGAGAGAAGUUCGGCAUUUUGGACAAGUAGUCAACUCGCGAGGCCACCCCAGGCAGCGUCAAGAGGGUGUAGGCAGAUUGGAAGUGUAUCUGCUUCUAUUAGUACGUUGAAGCUCCAUAACGCCGCUGUUGACACAUUGUGUAUGUUCGAAGUGUUGGAGGCAGCCAUAA